GAUGUCCUCACAGAAAGGCGACAACACGUGUGAUCCGUCCUCAUUACUUUUACUGACACAGUUGAACGCUCUGGAGUUUUAAUACUUGUAGCCUGUAAGGUGAAGAUUUAGGAACAUAAGGCAGAGGUGUGUGAUUUCAACACUGAUUCAGGAUGCCACCCAGAAACAUCAUUAUUGACUCCAGCUCAGGGAAGGACGAAUUACUACCCGAGGUGGAGCCUGUCAUUGGCCCAGAGCCUGCUGCAGAAAAACGUCCCCCGAUGGUCAUUGUGUGGAGAAAUGUUGUUGUCUUCAUAAUCCUGCAUUUAGCUGCACUCUAUUCCCUCACACUGGUACCCUCAAUAAAGUUGUAUACAGCAAUUUGGUCAAUAUUGGUGUACAUAUUUGGAGGCCUUGGAAUCACAGCAGGGUGUCACAGGCUCUGGGCUCACAGGACCUAUAAGGCCAGGCUGCCGUUAAGGAUUCUUCUGGCUUGUAUGCAGUCUGCUGCUCUACAGAAUGAUGUAUUUGAAUGGAGCCGAGAUCACCGUGUUCACCACAAGUACUCUGAGACAGAAGCCGACCCACACAAUGCUCGACGAGGGUUCUUUUUUGCUCAUAUGGGCUGGCUGUUGGUUAGGAAACACCCUGAAGUAAUUGCCAAGGGGAGACAACUGGAUGUAUCUGAUAUGAAAUCUGAUCCAGUUGUGAUGUUCCAAAGAAAAUAUUACAAGACCUCUGUUUUCCUGUUCUGUUUCUUUCUGCCAUCUGUGAUUCCUAACUAUUUCUGGGGGGAGAGCUUGUGGAAUGCUUUCUACGUGUCUGGUGUACUGCGCUAUGUGCUCUGCCUUCAUGCCACCUGGUUGGUGAAUAGUGCAGCUCACAUGUGGGGAAAUAAGCCUUAUGACUACCGUAUCAACCCUGCGGAGAACCGGUUUGUUAGUGUGUGUGCCAUUGGGGAGGGCUUCCACAACUAUCACCACACCUUCCCUCAGGACUACUCCACCAGCGAGUUUGGCUGGAAAAUCAACUUCACCACAUUUUUCAUAGACUUCAUGGCACUGCUUGGCCUAGCCUAUGACCGCAAGAAAGUCUCCGUGGAAAUGGUACUGCAGAGAAAGCAGAAAACUGGUGACGGCACACAGAUGUAAACACGACUGUGUCAUGCUUCCAAAUGUCUCCAGGGCAAACAAUAUUUAGCGUAUUUACUAACUCUUCAGUCUGGUAACACAGAUCCUGAAAUUAAAGUAUUGUUUUGAAUGUUAAGAGGCAUAUAAGGUCAAAACAUUGAUGUGGAUAUUAUUUUUUGAUCCACCUGUACGAUUAAGGGCUGUUUGAUAAAAUUGGGUAGGGCCUUGAAAUGAAACUGAUCAGCCACAUCUUUGUGUCCUUUUGUCAUUUGUGAUCUUUGCUACAAAUGCACGACACUGGAUAGUAGGUAAAAGGUGACUUGGCAAUCUGACGUAAAUAGAUCUGUGUAGGCUUUGACUAGCAGAACUGUUGGUAGGUGAUCAAGACCCAGGCUAUACUUUAUGGCAUCCAAGAUCCGGCUUAUUGGCAUGUCAACAAUGCAGUAUACGACUGAUUAAAUAGCUUAUAUCUUCCUCUUCAGGAGUAUUUUAUUCAUGUUGCUGGUACUGAAACCCCCAAAAAACCCACUUGGUACAACUAGUCUCACUAAUUUUUUCUGUAAACCUGUUAUGUUUUUUUUUGUGUGGACACAUUGUGCUGUGGUAUCCAAACGUGUGUAACCUUCUAUUUAUUAUCACAUGAUUCCAUAUAAAUGUUGUUUUUGAGCAGUUGGUACUGCUCAUUGUGAAAUAUUUAGAAAACCAUAUGUUGUUUGAUAGAUCCAGCAUAACGUUACAAUUACGGGUUACACCAGAACAAACAGCUUUAUGUGUGUACGACCUCAUCACGUCUGUUCCAUUGCUUAUAAGAGGUACAAUUUGUUUUACCUCGGCGAUCAUUUAUCUAUCAUAAUAGCACAGCAUGUAUGUGCAUACUUCUAUCAUCUAACUAGACUAAGGGAAAGUUUUGAGGUAAUGUAAUCAUCUAUUUGCUGAAGUCCACUUCUCGUGACUAUCUCUGGGCCUAAGAAAAUUGUGAAACUCUCCCUCUAUCUCAUUGCUCAAGGCAAGUUUCCUUUCAUGACACACAUUGAAAAAAAAAUUUAUUUACGUGAUCAAAAUUUUGUGAAGCCCAUAUAUUGAAUUUUAUUGAAUGGGCUUUUGAGUAGAUGAUUUAUAGUUGAGGAUGCAGACAUCUUGAUUUCCAUACAGUUAUAAGUAAUUUUAAGAUAAUUGACAAUCUUCUGUACUAGACCCAACUCUUGCUAGGGCUCAUGUUUCUCACAUAUUGGGGCGUGCUAGUGCAUCACCAUAACGCAUUAGAUUCUCACCUGUGCGAUGGCUGUGAGUUUCAAGUCAGUCCUCUUGGUGUCUUUGCCGGUGGUUGUAGGUAUCCCCAUGUUCUGCCCGAUUUCCUCUCACCAUAAUGCUGGCCUCAGUUGUAUAAGCAGAAAUAUUCGUGAGUUUUGCACAAAACUACAAUCAAAUAACUUCUCACCUUUUAAAGUGGUGCUAACAUUUGUUAAAUCAUAAGGCCCACACACACACUCACGACUUGGCAUAAUGCAUCGUUUGUGUUCAUUUGUAGAUUGUCAAGAUUUUGUAGAAUUCUCACGAAUUCAGUUGACAUUGGUUCAGUUGUUUUAUCAGUUUUUCAGAUUGUGUAUACAUGUAGCAACUAUGCCCUCCCUGUUAUAUAACAUUGUUUUCUAAAAUCUUUCAUGAUGAGCAAUUUUCUUCUAUAGCAUGCAGUGUUGUGAUGUGGUCCCAUUUUUAUGUAGAAAAGAAUUAAUGGUAGUGGAAUAGCUUUGUUUGAUAAAGAAUAAAUAUCCACUUUGGUGACCUGCCACCAGAUUUGAAAUGUGCUUGUUUUUCAAGUGGUUUGUAUAUAUGGAUUUAUUAUCUUGUAUUAGCAUUUCAUCUUGCAGAUAGUUAAUACCACAUUUAAUGCUUGUUUGCUUGUCUCCUGUUAAAUCAUCUUUGUUAAGAGCUCUGUUCAAGUGUUGCUUACAUGUAAGUACAAGCUUUACUUUUAAGGGAAAAAAGAAUCAAAUCAUCAUUUGAAUGUUUUGUUAGUUUAUGAAUCAUAUGUGACCAGAGUUUGCAUAGCAAGUACAUGUAUCCAUUGGCAGGAUAAGUUUUUUGUGGAGAAGAAUCCAAAAUUGCAUUAAUUUAUAUCUGGAAUUGUUGUUGAACUCCUGCCGUGCUCAUUUUAUGUGUACAUGGUGGCUUCCUGAUAUUAGCAAUACAUCUGUUUAUGAAUUAUCAACAUGUAGUUUGUGAUCUUAAAAUACCAGUAUUUUGGUUGUGUAUUUUUUUUUUUAACACCCAAUCCAAAGUUCUUUUAUUUGCUAUUCCCUUGUUUAUGUAUGUAACAAAGAUAUAAAAAUGAAAUAAAUGUUUUGACUUCCUAGGCUUCUUUGGAAAAUUGGCGCCCAAAAUACAUGUAGUUUAAUUUAUGUGCUGGUGAUUAAAUGCACCUGUUGUAUUGCUUACACAAAAAAAACAUACUUGGUCAGUUUUAUUUUUGUUAGUAAAUGUUGCCUUCUUUGUAGGUUUAAGAAUUUUGCUUAUUCAGAUGUGAUGUUGAUUUUUUGGCUGCAGUAUUUCUGUCAGUAGUGCCAAGGUUACUCUGCUAACUUAUUCAUUCCUCUUUUCAACUUUUGGCUAAAAGUUAAAUACCCGGUGAAGAUACAGUUGAGGAGUGAUUAUUUUAUAUUAUAUAAGGAUUUUUUUGGUCUGACAUUGUAUAUGUGUGAAUAAGCACAUAAAAAAUAUUUAUUAUGUUAUGUACAAGUGAAGGAGAAAUAGUGCUGGGAGGACUGAACAGGAAAGCUUUUGCAUCCGUAUGUCCUCUAAACUUGCUGUGAAAGUGCUAGAUGGUGACUGCAGCUCCUGACUUAUACACGUCUGGCUUAGGCUGUGUUAACACGGUGCGAUUUGUGUUUGUCCACUAUUCAUUGGGAAAAGGGAUAUGCUCUAUUUUAGAAGCAAGGUUCACACGGUGGGAUUUGUUGAAAUCUAAGAUUUGGUGGCAGUGUUAUCAGUGCACACAGUGUGAUUUGUCAAAUCUAAAAUCUGCAAGUCGUAUGAAUUUCUGUUUGUCCAAGUUUCAUUUGAUAGUUGAUGCAACUUUCAGUGAGUUGAUAGGCAAAUCAUAUUGUGUUGACGACUAUAAGUUACGAGCAAUACAGUUAUGACUUCAGUGCCAAAUGAUCUGUAAUUUUGCCACGAUCUCUGAUCUCUAGUUUUUUUUUUUUUUUUUUUUUUGUAAUAAGGUAUAAUCUUAUUCUGUUAUCUUGCCAUGAUUUGUUGAUUUUCGCACUGUAUAUACAUGUAGAAGUGAAAGUGGUCUACAGGAAAUGGGGACAAAUUAACCAUUCGACUUUCUGCCAGUUUACAUUGUCUACAUUUUUUUUUCAACACUUUCAGACCAAAACUAAAACAUCUGCCCAGAUAUACCCAUAAACCGUAUUUUGCUAUCAAAAAUAAUUUCAUUUCAAAUCUUGAUACUGUAAUGGCAGAUGGGAGUAAUAUUAAAUGAAGGGGUGUUAAAUAACCGCUGCUGUUCCUUCUCCCCCUCCCCCCACAUACGCCCCUUCAUAUGCAGUAUUAGGUAGUCCUAGUCCUGGUGAAUAUUUCCCAUGUGGUACUUUCAUAUUCUGUGACAAAACCAAAUAACCAAAUGGAGCUUCUACAAGUAUUUACAGGUAUAAGGACAGCAGUACAAUUUCUCAUUUAUUAUAGAACUUUUUUUUUUUAAAGUAAUAGGAUGCACCUGAAAGACUCAGUAAAUGUUGGUGAGGUAACAGCUUAGUUUGAGACAUCCUGUUUAAGAUGACCACAAAAAAAAGAUAACCUUCAACACUUAAUGAAACUUCAGCACUUCGCUGAAGUACAGGUAUUGUCGGACAUUUUGUUUGUUGGAAGAGUGCUUUUGACUUGCUUUAGAAAACAUUCUUGAAGAAAACUUAGUACAUUUUUUUUCACAAACAUAUGGAACUGAAUUAUACAGCAAAUCAAAGUUAAGAAUAGAUAUUCACAUUGACUUUGAUGGUCCCAGUUUGUAUUAUAGAUUGAAUCACUUGGCAUGUUCAAUAUGUGAAUGUUAAGUUUGAAUUAAAUACCUUUUGUGCUAGAUAAAGCAUGAUUUGCUGCUGUACCCCCUCCUACCCAAACAACCACUAUGUACUUGUGAAAUAACAGUAACAUUUAUCAUGUGAAUUCUUUCUGAAUGUUUAUGGCCCAAUAAAUAUUACCAAGUGUGAAUUUGC